AUGGAAGUGCGGAGGAGGAAUUUGGUCUCAGAAGGAUCACAGAAUACCGGCUCUUCGACCACAUCCGGCAGCGAUACGGAGAGUCGUUCCUUGCUCGCCGUAGACCAUCCUCAAGCAUCAGUUCACUUAUGGGAUUGGGUUGUGGUUUUUGGCCUUAUAUUAUUCUUGGUUGUUUUUAUACCUCUGCAUUCAACUUCUUGCGGAGACUUUGUCCCCAGUGGAACUGACCCCAAUUCCACCUUUCAGGAGCUCUUUGCCCGAAAACAUCUACAGUAUGUUACAAGGUUGGGCCCCCGUACCGGCGGUUCGAUUAACAAUGAAAUUCAUGCUCGAAAAUACCUCCUAUCUGAAAUCCAGAAGGUUGUUGAAUUGGCCCAGUCUUCUGGGCUCGUCGCUGACCUCGAUGAACAGAUCGCUCGCCCAUCAUCCUUUAAAACCCAUGUUCACAUAACAUCUUACGCUAACAUUCCGAAUCUCCUUCUUCGUUUGCGUGAUCCUCGCGUCAAAGGCGAUUCGGCCGCACGUUCGGUUUUGGUUAACUGUCAUUACGACACGGCUCCGCAAAGCCCUGGUGCAUCUGAUGCCUUUGUUGGAUGCGCCAAUUCUCUCGAAGUGGCUCGUAUUCUUGCAGGUGGUGGCACUACAUUAAGGAACAACAUUAUUUUCCUCUUCAACUCUGCCGAAGAGAAUAUUCUGCCUGCCAGCCAUGCAUUCAUAACACAGCAUCCCUGGGCUGAAGAAGUGGCUGUCUUCAUCAAUCUGGAAGGCGCGGGGGCUGGUGGCAAACUGCUGGUCUUUCAAAGUGGCCCCGGACCAGCAAGCUCAGCUCUCAUUCAGUUUUACUCAUCUACAGCUCGCUAUCCAUUUGCCUCUGUGGUGGGAGAGGAGGUGUUUCAUUUUGGCUUCAUUCCAUCCGAUACGGAUUUUCGAAUAUUUAGAGAUUAUGGGUUGAUUCCGGGUUUGGAUCUAGCCUACAUUGGCAAUGGGUAUGCAUACCACACAUGUCAUGAUAUCGAAGAACGCAUUUCGCCAUCGUGUUUGCAUUUGGCUGGAGAUAAUCUUUUGCAGCUUGUCAAGUUGAUGGCUCAGGAUCCCAGCGUUAACAGAAUGAAGAAAUUGGAACGCUCAAAUGAGCCAAAAGUGGAAAAUGAAAUAAUUUUCUCUCCUGAGGGUGGCUUGGGCAACAUACACGCUUUUUCCAAUGCUCAAGUAGAGUCUAACUUUGCUCGAUAUGUGUACUUUGACGUGCUGGGGUAUUUUAUUUUGAGCUACCCGUGGUUUGUCGGUCGAAUGAUUCAUUGGAGUGUCUUUAUUGUAAUUCUGCUUUGGAUCUUUUUAUCCCAGAAGUCUGGAGGCGGUAGCCACAGUGGUCUAUUCCUCGCAACCUUAAUCCAGACGCUAUUUUUUAUCACUGGUCAUCUCUUUUCUCUUCUUGUUGGUUACGUGAUUCAUAUGUACGGUUGUCGAAUGUCGUGGUACACCAACAAGUGCAAUCUUUUCGGUCUCUAUCUUCUGCCACUGCUUUCCUACUUCUUAUUCUACCAUUCCGUACUUUUAAAAAUUCCAUCUGGUUCGCUUUGGCACUUACCCGGAUUGCGAUAUUUGCUUCAACGCAGCCUAUGGUUCGAUACUACUUCCAUUAAGACUCUAGUUAUCGAAAAUGACUUUUUUAAAGGCAGCGUUCUUGUCAUGAGUAUUAUGACUUUAAUCGCUCUGUGUUAUAAUAGCCCUGCGUCUUACGUUCCCCUAUUUUGGUGCCUUCUCGCUACAGUUUUUCGCUUCAUUUAUUUUAUGAUGUUUGGAAGGACUGGUGUUUGUUAUGUUGCCAAAGUUCUUUUGGUGCUUCUUCCUCCCUUGGUAAUAUUUCACAUCUCCUCCGUAUAUACACUCUUUGAAGUUUUCAUACCUAUCAUGGGUCGCUCUGGGCAUGAAGCACAACCGGAUGUUAUCAUAGGCGGCCUUGUGGCUUUUUCGUCUGUCCCUGUACUGAUGUUUUGCGCGGAUUCUGUUCAUCUAACAUCGUCUGAAACCUCUCGUGUACUUCGACGAAUUACAAUCAACGGAUGCAUAAGUUUCAUUAUUAUUGUGCAUACUUCCUUCCUGGGUUUCCCCUACACUGUAAUGCCUGAUAACAACCGACAUUUGGUGCCGCCUAGUCAACAACGCGUUGCUGUUUUUCAUACUAAUCGCUGGUUCAGUGAAAGCCCUCUUAAUUCGACCGUCACCCGCGAGGACUCUGGUCUCUUCAUUUUUCCACUGGAUGCUAACCGAUUCCGCUACUACCACCAUCCACCCUCUCCAGCUCCGAACCCCUUCAUGCUUCGUUUCCAGCAGUAUUUAUCCUCUGAACCGUCAGAGACUUUCUACUUCCCUGAAAUCGAGCAGAUGGAGCCAUUUACUUUCCAUCACACUGUGCCCUAUUGUGGCGUGCCAGUACUCUACCCCCUAUUGAAUGCUUUUGAUACCAUCUAUUAUAUUCCCGCUCCGAAGCACAACUCGCCUUCAACCGGUUUCGCAAUUACCGAACGUCACCAGGAGGCCUCGUCUGAUGGUGUUCAACUGGUAAAUCUUACUGUUUCCAUUGACUCGAGUGCUCCACUCACCCAGCUCUAUCUACGAACUGCGCCUGACUAUGUCCGACUCACUCGUUGGUCAUUCGCUCCUGAGCAGGCUUGUCCCCAGCCUGUGCCGAUUCCACGCGGAACGUCCCACCAAACCGAUGCCGAUGGACCUAGAUCAGCGCACUUUUACAUCAACCACAUUGACCCCUCAGUGGCCACCUCAAGGACAGGUCAAUGGGCUCAGCCGUGGGUUUUCUGGCUCCAGUUUUCCGUCUACCCUGUCUCACUCAACCCUGAUCUCUCCGACUCUAAUGUUGGUGUGGACAUUGCUGUAGUCAGCCAGUAUAUGGAUGAAAGUGUCCCCCAAGGUGUGUCCGAUCCGAUGCGCCGAAUUUUGCACCGUUUGCCACAAUGGGCUGUCGCUUCUCACUGGCUUUCAUCCUACAACCACACUCGCUUGCUCCUGCUAAGUUGA